AUGCUGCUCAGAGGGUUGAAAUAUCAGCGGUUCCCACCGAUUCUGCUGGCUAACUGUUAUGUUUUGACUUCAGGGUUACAGCAGUUCGGCUUAGAUCUGAGACAUGCAAAUUAUUUAACUAGAGAUAAGACGGUCUCUAGAAAUAUAACUUUGUUCAAAGGAUUUAGCGUAAGAACUUUGCAUACAUAUCAACGUGAUUUAUCUACUACAGUAAACGGAUCGCUAAAGGCAGAUACUGUUGAUUGUACUGAACGCGAAAGUGAAAAUACUCAGAAACCCAACUUGGAUUCGGACUUUGCACAUAUAAUUUCUUCAUUAAGGAAAAAACAGAAUAAUUCUUAUUUGCAUCAACAUUUUAGUACCAUAUUACCACAUAAUGAUAUCAUGUUUGCCCAGGUCACGUCUGAUCUAGAGUGCUUUCUUUGUUGUCUGCCCAGCCUUUUAGAGUUAAAUCCAUCACCAUGUUCAUCAGAUAAUUCAUUGCAGUUUUCCAAGACCAGACGACUUUCAUAUAAUAUGGAUAUUGAAUCUGCAUUUGUCAUUCUUUUACAAAGUCUGGUGAUGGCCCUCAAACCAUCGUAUAAAAACAAUUUGGUCACAAAACUAUUAGUUCAGUUUUCAAAAGUUCGGCAAGAUUCCGAAUACACAGAUAUAGCUGCAGAUACAUUUCAUGGAGCCUUGUUUAACGGGACGCAAUCUAAAAUACUAUCUGAAAAUGAGAAUUUUAAAACUGCUUUAAGAUUACUCAAAUUUGAAAUAGAAGAAGAAAUGGUUUGGAAUCAUCAUGGAUCUUAUGCUCAUGAUGUGAAUGCAUGGAUAUCAUCGAUAUUCGAACCUUCGUUGACAAAGUGCAUCUCGUACCUUAAUGGAUGUGAUGUAAUUCCCGAUAUUAUACUUUAUGAUCUUCUUCUACGGAAACCUGAAAAUGAACUAGAGUAUAUUGCUUUGUACGAAUUAUAUGCCAAGCACUCCAAAUUCAUAAACUUUAAAGAUCAGGAGCUGCUAUACAGUUUGAAGCAAUUUAAUAUAAAGUCCGACAAAGCUCUUGUGAGAGAAUUAAAAAUACCUUUGGUAUUUUCCAAUCUUUUGUGUUACGCAAUUAGGUUUAAGGUUGCGUUUCUUCCAAAGCUUGUGACAUUGUUUCUUGACGAAAAUAAUACAAGAACCCCUCAAAUAAUUGACCAAUUGGGUGAAAUCAUGUGGAAACUUUCAUACGAUCAUACAGGCAAGAACAGUAUUUUACCGUCUGAUUUUUAUCGUUUUGCUCAGUCCAGAAUAAUCAAAGUUUUAAAUUCAUUCAUUUCUGAAAAUAAGGAUUUCGAUCCUGAUUGCACAAACUUACUAGCCGUUUCAAAUUUAACGUAUUUUCAUGAUUUUCAAAAAGCAUAUAAAUACUUCAAAAGUGCACAAAAACGAUUCGAUAGAUGGCAGCUUGAAAGUUUUGAUAUUGAGGGAUUGAAGAAGGUCGUUAGAACAAGUCAAAAAUAUCCAGACAAUACCCAUUCAAAUAAAAUAGCACAGCUUCGAUAUGAACGUAUGGAUUAUAACGCAAAGUUUUUGUGUAACUCCAUAUUGCUUCUUGAUAUUCAGAAGAGUAACUGGAAAGAUAUGUUCAAUGAUUUUUACUGUAUCUUGAAUAAGGCGGAUCGAUCAUUAUUAAGGAUUUAUCCUGAGAUAUGGGAUAUUAUUCUUAUAAAGAUGAAUCAUCACUCCAUGCUUAAUUAUAGUACAAUUGGUAUAUUAAUAUCGUUAUACCUACGGACCUUUAAAGGGCAUAUAUACAAUAGUGUUGUCCUUGAUCUGAUAAUAAGUCAUACUGAUGAUCCAAUAAGAUUGCUGCAGAUAUAUACACAAUUUCAAAGCAAAGAGAUGGAUGAUAGUACUUUGAGCAAAUUUAUUUCCAAGCUUUACAAAUUAGCUAAAAACAACCAAGCUCUAAAGAUGGUACAAGAAAAUUCUCAGCCUGUCGACAUUCUUCAGGAUCCUGAGAAAUUGGAAAAAUUAUCAGAGAAUUGUUCUGAUAUUGAAUCGUUCAAUUAUCUAAUACAGCAUUAUCAAGAGGUUGUUAUCCCGAAAAAGCUGUCGAAAGUAAGAAAACAAUUGUAUGAGCCAGAGGAGUUUAAGGCAUACGGUUUUGGUACUCCUUUAGAGUUUGCACGAUAUUUGUAUCAAAAUGCACAAUUCAAGUCCAGCAGGCUUAAUUCAAGUUAUCUUUUAGGAGAAUCAACCUUAAAUCCUGAAAAUUCCUACGCUCGUUAUGAAUCAUUGAAUGCAUAUACAAAAGUGACUCCUUUAACAAUAUCCUCGUUGUUUGUGGCGGCUUUGUCAAUGCAGAAAAACAAGAAGUAUAAUAGUGUUAGGUGGGUCGUUAUGGAUUCGCGUGGAACAGAAAAUAAAAAGCCGGUUGACGUUGCUUUCGAAGAAUUUGAUAAGAGAAUAUCGGAAUCAUUUGGAGAUUGUGUAACAGGAAAGGUUUAUCCUAAUGACAACUUAUUAGUUCUAUAUUUGCAGUGUGCUAAGAAAUUUGGCAAGUCCGACAGACUUUAUUCUUUCUUGAAAAGAAUGGUAGACCUCAGGUAUCCAAUGAAAUCUGGACUCUUUCAUACAUACAUUUCGAUGUUACCAGCGGCUGAUAGAGCAGAAUUAGUCUAUGCACUUGGUGCAUAUGACAAACGGUUCAGAGCCUUUAGAAAAUGUUCAAGCGAAUAUGAGCUUGAUCAACUAAAGAGCACAAUGAAACCAAUACAAAUUUCUGGAAGAUUUGCAGAUUUUGUGUCGAAAUUCGACUUUACAUGGGGCAUAGUAGGGAAAUGGGAUUGGCCGGGAAAAUGA